AUGGCACCAGCUCGAUCAAGUACGGCAACCAGCUUUUCAAGCAAGGCGAUGUUUACUUUGGCCAGUCCGAUCCAAGCUGUCCUGAUUCUCAAGCUUCAAUACCCCGGUUUACAAAAAGCGUGGGUUAGCCUGCGAGUAGCCGACAACUCCUCUGGCUACUGGAGCCAGUAUCACCAAGUCUACUACGACGACGGUCUCGAUCAACAACCCGUUGGGCAAGUGGAUCUCUAUCUCUCCCACUUCGUUGGUGGUACCGGUUUGCCUGCAUUAUAUUGUCGCCCUUCAGUCGCCGAGUCGCUUGCUGGAAUCACAAGAAACCCUAUGAUUUCUAUAACAUACGAGCGCCUUCGAGUCUUCUUUCGCAGGGCUCGCCAUCAACACAAUCCGGCCAAGUUUACCGCCACUCUCGAGGAUAUGGAAACUUCAUUUCUGAAAGCAGUACGGGACAGAGCGGAAGCUGAGCGGCGCAGAGUGGAAGCGGAGCAACGCGUUCAGGAAUUGGAGCGGCGCCUGGCUGAAGGGUGCUUGAAAACGUAG